AUGACAGGUGAUCUGAAGGAUCCGCAGAGAUCGAUCCCCACUGGUACGAUUGCUGCCCAAUUGACCACAUCCUUCGUAUACUUUUCUUUGGCUCUUGUAUUUGGAGCCGCUAUUGACGGUAGUGUCUUGAGAGACAAAAAUGGCCAGUCUAUGGGAGGCUCGAUGAUUGUCGGCGAAUUGUCUUGGCCUAGCUCUUGGGUUUUGCUGGGCGGUUCAUUCCUUUCAACAUUUGGAGCAGCUUUACAAUGCCUAUGUUCUGCUCCUCGUCUUCUCCAAAGUAUUGCCAAAGAUGAUGUGAUACCUAUCCUUAGCCCGUUCAAAAAAGUCACCAAAAAUAACGAACCUUUCCUUGGAUUGAUUAUUACGAUUGUCAUCGCCGAGGCAGCUAUCCUUUUGGGUGCUAUGGACAGUAUCGCCGCUGUUGUAGACUUCUUCUUUUUGAUGUGCUACGCUUUUGUCAACAUCAUCUGCACCAUGCAUUCCCUGCUCGGUGCUCCCAACUGGCGUCCUCGCUUCCAGUAUUACCACUGGUCUCUUUCCCUUCUUGGUGCUGUGCUAUGCUUCUUCAUCAUGUUCUCUACCCAUUGGGAUUAUGCUCUCGUUUCAAUCUUCCUUUGCCUUCUUAUUUACAAAUACGUCGAGUGGAAAGGUGCCAAGAAGGAAUGGGGUGAUGGUAUCAGAGGUUUGGCUCUUACCACCGCUCAGUAUUCACUUAUGAAAAUCGAAGAAAAAGACCCUCAUCCAAAGAAUUGGCGCCCUCAACUGCUACUUAUUCUUUCAAUGCCCUGGGCAAAGGAAUUGGUUGACGUGAGAUAUCUGAACCUUUUGAAUCUGGCAUCUCAACUCAAAGCAGGAAAGGGAUUGACCAUUGUCACUUCAUUCAUCAGAGGAUCUGUUACAAGCCCCGACGAUAGAAAACGUGCUGAACAG